AUGUCGUACUGUAUUGAAAACAAAAAUCUGAUUCACCAGAUUGUGAAACCCUCUACAUCUCUGCUCCAUACUGAGAGUGAGAGGGGGUACUUUCCGACGGAAAAAAUGGCGCAUCUUCCGAUGGAUAUCGUCAACGAUCUAUUCCUCCGUCUCCCAGCAAGCUCGCUGGUCCGAUUUCGAGUCCUCUCGAAGCCUUGCUUCUCUCUGAUCGACAGUCCCGAUUUCGUCGCGUCGCAUCUCAAUCGCACGCUCGAAACCGGUGAUCACGUCAUGGUCUUGCUCCGAAGCCCUCGCCUUCUACGCACGGUGUACCUCGACGCACCGGAUAAAGUCUCCGAGGUUCCGCAUCCUCUGCAAGCCGGCGGUUUCACUGAGGUUUUCGGUUCAUGUAACGGUUUGGUCGGUUUAAUGAACUCUCCGGUCGAUAUGGCGCUCUUCAAUCCUUCGACCCGGAAAACCCACCGGUUACCGAUUGCUCCCAUUGACUUCCCGGAUCAUUUGAUUACCCCGGAGUUUGUGCUUUACGGACUGGGUUACGAUUCGGUGCACGAAGAUUACAAGGUGGUGAGAAUACUUCAGUGUAAAAAAGUUGAAGCCGAUGAUCUGGUUGAUCACGAAAUCAAAGUUUUCAGCCUAAAGAGGAACUCAUGGAAGAGAGUCAAAUUGCUUUUUGAGGUUCAAAUUCUCUUCGUAUACUUCUACUACCAUGUGCUGUACCGCCGUGGAAAUGGUGUUCAAGUAGGGAAUUGUCUUCACUGGAUCUUGCCUCGAAGGCAUGGAGUUAUCGCCUUUAAUAUGAUUAUAAGGUUUGAUCUUGCCUCUGAAGAACUUGGAACCGCCGGUUACCCAGAAAAGCUUUUCUGCGAGGAUAAUAUGGAUAUAUGUGCGUUAGAUGGCUGCCUUUGUGCGAUGGGUUACCACGAGUUUACACAUGUUGAUGUUUGGAUAAAGAGGGAAUCUUGGAGUAAGCUGCUUAAGGUGACGAAGCCGGAGAGUGUAGCAUCGUUGGACUUCAUGAGACCUCUGCUCUAUUCCAAGGACAGGAGCAAGGUUUUGCUGGAGAUUAACAUUGGGAAGCUCGUGUGGUUUGAUUUGGAGAGUAAGAGCUUUCAAACGCUUGGUGUAAAGGGCUGUGAUGAUGGCUCAUGGAGUGCGGAAAUCGUCGUGAGUAGUCUUGUUUUGGGAUGUAAAGGCGAUCCUCGCAGAGCUCGAGAAGAUAAAAGAAUGCAGAAGAUCCAAGGGAUUCAAACUGAAGUUAUGAGCAAAGCAGAUGAACUUCGAAGCCUUAACCUACAUCAAGGUGCGGGGGUAGGCGGAGAAGAAGUGGCGUCAAGCAACGUAAUCAAAUCCUAAUCACAUAUGAGGUCUUAAUUAGUACUAAUUCGAUAAACCUAUGUCGUACGUAUAUGUCCUAAGAUCAGAUAGUAGUGCUCGUUUAUAUGCCAACUCUUUGAGUUUGGUGUGUUGCAGUUUGGCUUAGACGGUGAUUACGUCGUAAUAUCUAAUUUAAGACCUAGUAAAAUUUAAAAAUUUGGGUGCAAAUAUUGUUACUGUAGAAGAUUUAGUAGAGAUCACCAUCUUAUGAUGAAAAUCGAACUUUUAUUAACUACACGUAAAGAACAAUAAUUUCAGAAUAUGUCCUACACAAUUAUAGUUCACAUGAUUGACCAUUUCUUAAGGUUGCAUCAUACACAAUCUCAAAAGCCGCCAUUAAUUUCUGUACAUUAGCAAUUUGGCAUGUUUUAAAACCUUAGAUUUAAUGUGUCUGUAAUAAUAUAAAACUCGUUUUGUAAACUAUUUACAUUCUCAAACUAUUCAUUAACUUGUUCUAUGGAUUUAUACUUAAACCAUUCGG